AAGUCUGCCUGGUGCUUCCCUCCUUAUUCUUUCAUCCACUACAUUUUAGCUAGACAAGAUGGUGAAGUCAGCACAGACAGAGAAUGCUGGAGACUGUCAGUACAGAACUUGCUCAUUUAUUUUCAUUACUGAGAAGGAUAAAGUUCCCUAUCUCGCACUCUUCUCUGGUCCUCCAGGUAAUUGUUGCUUGGUGGUCUAUUGGGGUCACUUGUUUUUAGCUGUAUGAUCUGAAUAGUUCCACACCACAGAAUUGAACUAAACACUACUAGCCUUCCAUGCAGUUUGGUGUGUUCCUUAAAACAUAUGGUCUGAACAAAACGCACACACAAUGCUGACAAACGCUGAGCAAAGCGUGCUGUUCUGUAACAAAAGUAGGGGCAGGGUGGGUUUAUACAACCCGGUGGGGACAGGAGAAAAUGCCAUUUCAGGUGAAGGACAGCAGUGAAGAACCCUGAGUGAGGCAAGUGUCAAAGGAUUGGAAAAGGAGUACUAAAACAAUGCAGGAGCUCUCUGUAAAGCUGAAUUUCAAGGAAAAGUAGGAAGGGGUCUAAAGGACAAUUACCUUCUAUGUUUUUACUUCACUGUUUCCCAUCCUUGUAUAUAUUUCUGCCUUUGUCUUCAAAGUCCUUUGUCUUUAAGCUUUGAUUAAGAUGAACUUUCCUUUAGCUUGUUUAAAAACCUGUCUAGUGCCAAGGGCUAAGGUGGAACUAGCAAACCAGUGUGUGUUUGGGGCUGGAGAUGUGCAAGGAGCCAAGGGCUGGACAGAGCUGUGCUGCUGGUUUAUGGCAGCAGCUGUGCUUUGUGUUCUGAGCAACAGCUGGGUGACAGAAGACUAGCGGGACAUGAGACUACUUUCCUCUCUUUUCUUAGUGAUGUCAUGUCUCUGUUUCUACCCUUCAUGCUACCCUUCUACCCUGCCCUGCCUAAGAGUUUUCCCUUCACAACCAGUGACUGUAGGGAUACUGCUGCCUGAGAGGAUUGUCCUUCUCAGCCUCUUGGCCCAAACAUUCUGUCACAAGCUUUCCCAGAAUAGAAGAGCUGAGACCUGAGCUGUACCCACCCUGGGCCAAACAGCGCUGUGGCAUGUCUGACCUCCUUGUAUAGUGCCCCAGGGCAGGCAGCCCAUCAACUGGGGCACAGCACACUAGUGGGGCUGCACCCACAUGCUCAGACCCUGGCCAGGGAGGCAGCAGCAGCACGUCCUGCCCUGGUGCCUGGGAGGGUCUGCGUACUGCAUCAUGAGCAGCAUCAGAGGCAGAGGAGGCAAGAGCCAGGAGCCCAUUUGUAUACAGAAGGUGGAUGGCCCUGCCCAGACUUACUGGCAGGCCCUGCUUACUGGAGAUCAGGAGGUUGUGGCCGAGAUCCUCAGCAACUCUCAGAACAACCUGAGUCCCAGUGCAGUGUUUGACACCAGUGACCUGGAAGAGUGGAAGAACUACCGCUUCAACAUCCGCUGGCUGAGACUGUGGUCUCUGAGCUAUGAGCAGGAGCUCACCACACCGCUGCACAUCACAGCCAGCCGGGGCUACACAGACUGCCUGCGGCUCCUGUUAAUCAGGGGUGCUGCCGUCAACUUCGCACCAGGGGGUAAGACUGCCCUGCAUGAGGCUUGUGCAGCGGCCAGCACAGACUGCGUGCGCCUGCUACUCAGCUUUGGUGCUGACCCUGAGGCUGUCUCCGAGAAUGGCUACAAGCCCCUGCAUCUCUGCAAGAGCCCAGACUCCAUCGAGUGCGUGCAGCAGCUGCUGCAGCAUGGAGCCAGCGUGAAGAGUCGGACAGAGGAGGAAGGUGACACAGCACUGCAUAUAGCAGCACGGCAUGGCCUAACAGACCAUGUCCAGCUGCUUCUGCGCCAUGGGGCAGACCUGGAGGCAAGGAAUGAGGAGGGGCAGACGCCACUGAAUGCUGCCUGUGCUCAGCCCCAUCAGCCCCAGGACAUGGACCGCUAUUACCAAGUCUGCCAGCUGCUGGUGGAGAGUGGUGCUAGCAUCAAUGCUGCAGAUAGGGACCGUCAGCACCCACUUCAUCUGGCCUGCAAGAAUGCCAAUGCUCAAAUAGCAGAGUUACUGCUGUCCCGGGGUGCAAACGUCAACGUCAUGAACUACAGCGGCAACACGGCACUGCACAAUAUCCUGCAAGCAGCUGCCUACAAGCUAGACCACCACCCAGAGCUUGUGGUGCAAGUCCUGCUCAACUACGGUGCCAUCCGCAUCUGGCCUGGUGCUCUUCUCAAGGUGCUGCGGUACUGCCAUACCUGCCCGCGUGUCAUCGAGGCCCUGCUGAACAGCUAUGACCACGUGCGUGUCUCUGAGGACUGGGUGGAGGCAGUUCCAGCAGAGGUUGUACAGAAAUACCCACGUUUCUACCACUCACUCUUUUCCCUGGAGCGAAGACCUCGCUCCUUGCAGCAUCUGGCUCGCUGCACACUCAGGACCUUCCUGGAGGGCCGGUUGCUUCCAGUUCUGUCCCAGCUGCACCUGCCAAGUGCCUUGCACCGUUUCCUGCUGCUCAGCUUCGAGGAUGUUCUCUAUUGAGGACUGUGGUUCCAGUCCUACUUUGCCUUUCUGUGCAGAUGUUCCAUCCCUGCGGUGCCAACUGUGCCUUCCCUGCUAACUCCUUCCACUCACGCACGCCUCCUGCCAGGCCAUGCCAGCCCCCCAAGCCAAGCCUGUUGCUAUGUCCCUCUCACAGGCAGACUUGUGUUCUGCCUCAUGCGCCUGUUUUGGAGCACUCUGUUUACCCGUACUAAUCAGGACAAACUCCAGACUCAGUAGGAAAAGCAAAAUAUGGGGAUUAGGGUGUUUUGAGGGACAAGGAGCAGAUACACUGCAUUGAUCACAGUUUUAGUCAUAGCAUAUUGGCCUCCCUAUCUCAAGUCUACAAUCCCUAACCUCAAUGAUGCAGCUCUAUUCCCUGGGCAUCUAUUAAGAUCCUGUCUUUAGUCAAGUUGUUUACGGUUUGUACCCGAAGUUGUUUGGAAUAAACCCUAGUCUUGCUCUAUA